ACACGUCGACUAUCAAUACAACCUCAAAAUUUACUAAAAAAAAUUAAAUUCCACCAAAAUUAAUUAAAAUAAAAAACCUUAAUCAAUUUUUGAGUUUAGCUGCUGAUAUUAUUUAUAUCAUUUCAUCAUUUCCUUAAAAUUUACCCCACAACAUGAUGUAACACUGCGUUAAUAAAAUUAAUUUGCGUUCACUUCUAGAACAUUACACCCACGUUUAUAAAAGAAAAACAAUCAUUUCAAACGUUUACUUUCUUUUCGUUCUUUCACUUUGUUGGUCUACUUUCGAUUACGAUUGGUAAUAACGUGGUAAUAACAGCUGUCAAGGUGAUAACAACACAAUUUUCGACAACGAUUUUCAUCUCGGUCAUUUAUAACUAAAACUUCAAAAAAAAAGAUACAUUUAUUAAAUGUUUCAUCGUAAACAUGUAAAGUGUAAAAACACCGAUAAAAAAUAAAUAUUAAAAGAUGAGCGAUCAUAAAGAAGUUAAUUGUGUCGGAAACGACAAAGCUAAGAAAGAGAAAGAGGAGUUUGUGAAGAUUUUAGGACGAACGAUACUUGUGAGUCCAAGUAAAGAUGAAUACGAUUUAUUACAAAAAAGAUUAAAGCAACAAUUAGAAGAAGGACGAGGUGAAGUUAUUCUUGAGAUUGGUUGUUCUCAAGAUGGAACUGAAAAUGGACUUGGUGAAGAAGAAAUGAAAGCAGCCGCAGCUACAUUACAAUCAUUAGCUGCAACAUUAGAUUGUAGUUGUGUAAAAUUGCGUGAACGGAAGGAACUUCAAGGAACUGUUGCUCAAUAUCUCGUAAGGAGGCUAUUGGAUGAAAGUGAUUUCUUGGAAAUUCGUGUUGCUGUAGUUGGAAAUGUUGAUGCUGGUAAAUCAACACUUUUGGGUGUUUUGACUCAUGGUGAAUUGGAUAACGGUCGAGGACAUGCCAGACAGAAAUUGUUUAGGCAUAAACACGAAUUGGAAUCAGGGAGAACAAGUUCUGUGGGAAAUGAUAUUUUAGGAUUUGAUAGUGAAGGAAAUGUGGUUAAUAAACCAGAACAUGGCUCGUUGGAUUGGGCGAAAAUUUGUGAGAAAAGUUCCAAAGUUAUCACUUUUAUUGAUUUAGCCGGUCAUGAAAGAUAUUUGAAAACAACAGUUUUUGGAAUGACAGGACAUGCGCCAGAUUUUGGAAUGUUAAUGGUUGGUGCAAAUGCUGGAAUAGUUGGAAUGACGAAAGAACAUCUUGGUUUAGCCUUAGCUUUAGCCGUUCCAGUCUUUGUAGUAGUUACAAAGAUCGAUAUGUGUCCAGCAAAUGUACUUCAAGAUAAUCUAAAAAUGUUGGUGCGCAUUUUAAAAUCACCAGGUUGCCGAAAAGUACCAGUCAUGGUUAAAACGGUUGACGACGUUGUUUUGAGUGCCACCAAUUUUGUAUCAGAAAGAUUAUGUCCAAUAUUCCAAGUAUCUAAUGUAAAUGGAGAAAAUUUGGAUAUGUUGAAAAUGUUUUUAAAUUUAUUAACGACUCGAAUGGAAUAUAAAGAAAAUGAACCGGCCGAAUUUCAAAUUGAUGAUACUUAUUCAGUACCAGGUGUCGGUACUGUAGUUUCAGGAACAACCUUAAAAGGUAUCAUCAAAUUAAAUGAUACCUUAAUGUUAGGUCCAGAUCCUUUAGGACAUUUCCAAGCAAUUGCUGUUAAAAGUAUUCAUCGUAAAAGAAUGGCUGUUACUGAAGUUAAAGCUGGACAAACUGCGAGUUUUGCAUUGAAAAAAAUUAAACGUUCUCAAAUACGCAAAGGAAUGGUUAUGGUUUGUCCAUCACUAAAUCCGCAAGCCUGUUGGGAAUUUUUAGGCGAAAUAUUAGUUUUACAUCAUCCAACAACAAUCAGUUCGCGAUAUCAAGCGAUGGUCCACUGCGGAAGUAUUAGACAAACAGCAAGUAUAAUUCGAAUGUCUCAAGAAUGUUUAAGAACCGGUGAUAAAGCCCUAAUUCACUUCCGUUUUAUAAAAUAUCCAGAAUAUUUAGUUCCCGGUCAACGAAUGGUGUUCCGUGAAGGUCGAACGAAAGCUGUUGGAAAUGUAGUUAAUGUUUUCACUCACACUGGAACAAUUAACACCGGGGCCAAAACAAAAGGAAGCAAACAACAACAGCAUCAAUCCAAUAAUCAAAGGGGACAAAAUCAAAGUUUAAAUAUACAAACAACUUUGAAUGGACAACAAUCAUUGAAUAAAUUAGAUCAAAAAGUUCAAGAACAAGUUAUGGUGAUGACUAAAAACGAUACGAUUCAAACAGACCAAGAAAAAGAUUCAAUAAAUCGUCCGGGUGGAAGUAAGAAAGGUCGGGGGAGGAGGGGUGGACGCGGACAAAAACAUAACGUUACUUCCGGCCAUGGAAGUGGGGGAGGAGUUGGAGGAUUUGAUGGAGAAAGUGGUGGGCAAUUAGGAGCAAAAAGAGUGCAAUAAAAUUGUGAUUACUUUUGAAACAAAAAAAGAAAACGAACAGGAAAUCUAAAAUAAUAAGAUAAAAUCAAAUAGUACAAAUCAUAUUUUGUAUCUUGCUCACACACUAACAUAUUUUCCAUCACGGUAACAAUUUUAAUAAUUAAAUAAUUAUACACAUUA